CUAUGCUCAGCCUGCACGACAGUCCAUGCCCGCUGCCUGCGCUCUGAUGCCCCCAGCUGUCCUCCCCACCUGCCCCCCAGCACAUGCCCAGGGGAAGCUCCUGCCUCCCCACUGAGUGAGGUCUCCUGGCACUCCCGGGAGUCUCCUACCUGUUGACUGCACUCUCUUGUGUGUUCUUGGCUGCCUCCAGAGACUCAUCUGCCUCACCUCCCCAGAGCAAGCAUGAUGCCCCUGGCCAGGACGCAGCUGGGGCUAUUCUUCAUCCUCCUGUGCCCUGCAAACAUCAUAGGACUGUGGUGGGCAGUUGGAAGCCCCUUGGUAAUGGAUCCAAACAGCAUAUGCAGGAAAACCAAGCGGCUGGCCGGCAAGCAGGCUGAACUGUGCCAGACCGAGCCGGAGAUCGUCAGCGAGGUGGCCAAAGGUGCCAAGCUGGGUGUUCGCGAAUGCCAGCACCAGUUCAGGUCCCGGCGCUGGAACUGUACCAGCCACAACAAGUAUUUCGGGAAGAUCCUGCAGCAAGAUAUCCGCGAGACGGCCUUUGUGUACGCCAUCACAGCUGCCGGCGUGAUCCACGCGGUGACGCAAGCGUGCAGCAUGGGGGAGAUGCUGCAAUGCGGAUGUGAGGUCACCCGCAACUGGGGGCCGCCCCCUCCUCUUGCCAUUGGACCAGGAGCCGAGGGCUCCUCCUGGGAGUGGGGCGGUUGCGGAGACGACGUUCAAUACGGAUACGAGAAAUCUCGCCAGUUCAUGGACGCGAAGAGGAAGAAGGGGAAGAGCGACAUUCGAACGUUGAUUGAUCUCCAUAACAACGAGGCUGGGAGACUGGCUGUGAAGAACUACAUGAGAACUGAAUGUAAAUGCCACGGGCUUUCUGGCUCCUGCACGCUGAGGACAUGCUGGAAAAAGAUGCCUCAUUUCAGAGAAGUUGGUGACCGCUUGCUGGAAAGAUUUAACGGAGCCUUCAAAGUCAUGGCCGGCAACGAUGGAAGAACCAUCAUCCCAGUAGGGCACAACAUUAAGCCUCCGGACAAACAAGAUCUUAUCUACUCGGCCGAUUCGCCGGAUUUUUGCCAAGCCAACAGAAAAACCGGGUCCCUAGGAACGAGGGGCCGCGUGUGUAACAGCACGGCUCUGGACGUGGGGGGCUGUGACCUGCUUUGCUGCGGGAGAGGGCACAGAGAGGAGACUGUGGUGAUGGAGGAUAACUGUCUGUGUCGUUUCCACUGGUGUUGCGAAGUACAAUGCAAAAAAUGUACUGUGAAAAAAGAGCUCAGCAUGUGCUUAUGAGACGGACUCCGACGCGGAGAGAGACAAAAAUUAGUCAAUCCCGUUCGUAGACCUGAACGAGUCCAUCGGGCUACAAGUCCAUCGGGCUACGCGUGGAUCGUUAACCUAAGACACAAACACGGACUGCUCUGUAAAUGACCCAGACGAUGGACGUCUUCGCUGGAAUUUGGAGACCUCAAUAUUAUGAGCUGAGGCCACGAGACAGAAUUAUUAUCUUGGCUUCUGCUUGAACAAGGAGGUCUACAGGCUGGACCAGCACAUCUACCAAAUACAACCUGUACUAGAAAUGGGGUGAAUUCUGUAGGAGAUGGACUGCUGUUGGGAGGUAGAAGUUCUUCCAUAGGUGAGGGCAAAGUCUCCCAUACCACAGCUUAACUGAUGGUGUCCAAAGAUCUGUAAUGGACCAUACCAUCCCCACCCCACCAACACAUAACUUUCCUAUCCAACACAGCAGAAUUAAUAGGUAAGGAAGGGUAAACAGUUGCCCUUUUUCAGUUAGACA